AUGUCGGAUGAUUGGCAAAAGUAUGUUGUUCCUCAUCUUGUUACGCUAGUCAAAAUAUUGCAGCCAUCGUGUCUUUUGGAUCACUUGCGAGCAGACGACUUACUUAGUCGAGAGGAUUGCGCUACACUAACGAAGUCAUAUCAGACCGAUGAAUCACGUUCAAGAGCGCUGCUAGACGAAAUCUUACCGCGGAAGGGACCCGACGCGUUCACUAAAUUUUGUAGCAUUUUGCAAAGCGUUCAAGGACAAGAACAUGUUGCUGAACUAAUUCAAGGUAAACGGUCAGUUGCGCAGGCAGCGAGCUGCCGCGAAUGCGUGGAAAGAAAGCGAAGUCUUUCAGAUAAUGCCAAACAAAUCAGAGACGCUUCAAAGUUGGCGAUGUCGACAUUCUGUUUUAGACAGGAACACAAAGCCAUCGUCAAGGAACGCGAGGACACAUUACGUGCUAUGUGUAGUACAUUUUUUGGCGUGGCAGAGGACGAGGUGGUAUUUGUCUACCGGAAUAAGCCUGCUCUAUGCUACAGCGACACUAGCUCAAAACUUGCUACGUUGAUUCUUCACGGCGUUCAACCAGACCUAGUUCAGAGCAAUCGAGAUAGAAUGAUUGAGUGCGUUGUCGCAUUUCUUGAAGAUGGUGGUGGUAAGAAGGUAAAUCGGGAACGGAUUGAGCUCCUAAGCGUUACGCCUGGAUCUUCAGUUAUUGUUUUUCGUUUUAGCUUUGAGAUUUACUUUCAAUUUCUCUGUACUUUGGGUAGUCCAAAAUACACAAUGCUGGGUGCCUCUUUAAGAAAAUUAUUUUCAAACCUAGAGUCAGCUGAAUUUAGAAUUGGUGCUCUUCCACCUAUUGACUUGUUCAUAGGUGAAAGACAGAAAGUUUCUAUACAGGAAUCUUCUGAGUCUGUUACUCACGUCUCAUCUGUUCUAUCAAGGUUUUCAUCCGAGAUAGCUACGAUUUUGCACCAACUACAAAAUUGUCUUCAGUAUGCGAUCAACGUUUUGAUAUCUGACCGAGUUGUUAGUGAGGAAGAUGUAGCAGAUGUUCGUAGCAUCUUACAAGAACUAGAUGAUCCCGAAAUAGCAACGGAAGUUCUUUACGAUGUCAUCCUUGAGAAGGCCAAAAGCGACCCUAACAUUGCGGUGGCAUUUAGAGAGUCCAUUGGCAAAGUGUCCCUGACUAUUUGUGGCUCAUCUCCACGUUUAACCUGGCAACAGCUAAAACGAAAACGAGAGGCCGUUGUGCAAACAUUAGACACGAGUGCUGUUAUUGAUGCAUGUCUUGAGAAGGGUAUCAUCACACGUCAACAGUAUCAGGGUCUGACGAGGCUCAAGCAGAUGGGAAAGCCUUCCCAUGUUCUUGCUGACAGAUUUCUCCACGUAUUGGAGAAGUUGUCUGAGGAUGACCAAGGCUCACAGUUGGCUGAAUUUGAGAAGAUUCUUAUGGACCAGCAGACAAACGUACUGAACAUAUUGCUAGAAGCCGAUCAAAAUUGUCAUACAAGUGAUAGUAGUGAGACGAUUGGCAUAGGUAGCGACUUGGGAUCUCAGACAGCAGCAAGUUGUAUUUCUGAUAAAUCUGCUGCAAUUUCAGCGGCAAACACUAGACACGGAGCAUCGUCUUCUACUGAGACGAUACCUUCAGAUUGUAGUCGGCAGUCUCACUUCAGUAAUGCAGUAGAAAAUGCUAAGCGUUUAGGAAGACGUUUUGAAUCUGACAGUGAGCGACAAUUGAGAGUGAAGCAACCACUCUACGAAAUGAUGAUCGGCGAUGUUCGUCCUAAUUCUACAAACGAUGACAGUCUUCUCACAGUUGAGCUAGAACAUCUCUCUCAAAACAAGGUAAUCGAUAUCUAUCGUAAAUUUGGCGGCAAAGGGUUUGAUGCGCAUCUCAAGUCCUAUUUAGUGGAUUUGUUGAAUCAGUUGUAG